CCGGUUGGAUAGGAUGAAGAAGAGUAACCCGCGUGGGAACCGCAUGAAUUAGUUUACACCGGCGAACUCCGCUCUUUUUACUUUUUACAAUUGUCGUCACAUUCUGCUCGCUGGAUAACAUUAGCCGCACGCGCGCAAAAUCCGAACAUCUAUUUCCCUUAUCCGCGCUCUGUGACGCCUCCUCGCUGUCAUGUAGGGGCUCCAUGUGAACGUAGGAUAUUACUGUUGACCGAUGGACACAAACAGAGGGUCACUCUCGGUGUGAGGAGGCAACGUGAAGAGGAUCUGCUGUGUUUACAAGGAACGAAUCAAUUUGGAAAAGAAACGGAGCAAAUAGUGACAGCACUCUCGGAAAAGUUGAGUUCCAGCUGCAGGGGAGAAGGUCGAAACGCUUAUCAUAUACAGGGAACACUGAGUGUUGCGCGUGACUAGCCUACUAUCGGGUCUGAAUAAACCGUUUACACCUGCCUCCGAGGACAUUAAGAAAUCAAACCGGACAGAAGAUUAUUUACCGAGGACAUGGUGUAAAUUUGAAUCCCUAAAUAAUAAGGAUAUAUCGCCUGUAUAGGCCUAUUAAUAAUAACUCAUCUAGAAACUGGGCAGCAUGAGGCAGCGACUCAAAUGCGCGCAAAAUUCACCCGUUUAUUUACAGUUGUAGGUGCUGCCCUGGCCAUCCUUGGGGUGCAUAUCUGUUGUUUUUCAAACAGGUCUGUCACCCCGAAGCAGAGCAUCCGGACAGCUGAACCUGGAGCAAAGGAGCAAAGGAGCGCUGUGCUGUUUGAAGGUUUCUGCAGAAAAACACAGGAGCAAUGAGUCGCAUCCUCCAUCCACAGGUGUUCACCAUCUGGAUUACACUAAUCUCCAGGGCAACAGCUGACCUGACCUGCGAAGCUCUGCUCCUGCUCUCCUUGAAUCCUACAGCUCGCAGUUUGAUCCUGUGGAAUCAGACGUCUAUUCCCACCAACUCUACAGGAUUGUUCUGUAACACUUCGAUUGAUGGCAUUGGGACAUGCUGGCCCAGGAGCAGUGCUGGAGAAGUGGUGUCCCGUCCCUGUCCGGAGACCUUCCUUGGAGUCCGAUACAACACUACCAAUAACGUGUACAGAGAAUGUCUUGCCAAUGGGACCUGGGCAAAGAAGGGAAACUACUCCCAAUGUCAGGAAAUCCUCAAUGAGGAGAAGAAGAGCAAGCUGCAUUACCACAUUGCAGUCAUCAUAAACUACCUGGGACACUGUAUCUCUCUGGGAGCCCUGCUGAUCGCCUUCAUCCUCUUCAUGAGGCUCAGGAGUAUUCGGUGUCUGAGAAAUAUCAUCCACUGGAACCUGAUUACAGCAUUUAUCCUGCGAAAUGCCACCUGGUUCGUGGUGCAGCUCACCAUGAACCCAGAGGUGCAUGAGAGUAAUGUGAUCUGGUGCAGGCUGGUCACAGCAGCAUAUAAUUAUUUCCAUGUGACCAACUUCUUCUGGAUGUUUGGAGAGGGCUGCUAUCUGCACACAGCCAUAGUACUGACAUACUCCACCGACAAACUGAGGAAAUGGAUGUUUAUCUGUAUAGGCUGGUGUAUUCCAUUCCCCAUUAUAGUCGCAUGGGCCAUUGGCAAGCUGUACUAUGACAAUGAAAAGUGCUGGUUUGGGAAGCGAGCCGGCAUUUACACUGAUUAUAUUUAUCAGGGUCCCAUGAUCCUGGUUCUACUGAUUAACUUCAUUUUUCUCUUCAACAUUGUGAGGAUCCUGAUGACUAAACUGAGGGCCUCCACCACCUCAGAGACCAUUCAGUACAGGAAAGCAGUAAAGGCCACACUGGUUCUUCUGCCACUGCUGGGCAUCACAUACAUGCUGUUCUUCGUCAACCCUGGUGAGGAUGAAAUCUCACAGAUUGUCUUCAUCUACUUCAACUCUUUCCUAGAGUCCUUUCAGGGUUUUUUUGUGUCAGUGUUCUACUGCUUUUUGAACAGUGAGGUACGUUCAGCUGUUCGUAAGCGGUGGCAUCGCUGGCAGGAUAAGCACUCCAUUCGGGCGCGGGUGGCACGGGCUAUGUCUAUUCCCACCUCUCCAACACGGGUCAGUUUCCACAGCAUCAAGCAGUCGUCGGCCAUCUGACCAUAACUGAAGAAAAGCAUCUGUCCCCAUUUCUUCUGCUCCUGCUCUUUUGUCCUCAGCUAACCAUCCACAUCCUCUACAAAACCCAGGGAUAACAGCUAUGGGCCAAACAGGGUAUGAUCCUCAGCUGAAACACAGAUGAAAGGUGGAAAUGUACACAGAUUAUGAGGUCCACCUGCCAAACACAGAGGAAAAAACUGUGUCAGAACAUUGGUGUUCUCAGACAGCGAUGGGUGACUGUGGGAGGAACCUGACACACACACAAAAAGAGUGUAUUUAUUCAAUAGACAAUAGAGUUAAAUGUUGCAUCCUCUCCUCCUGAUCUUGAGUCUUCUCUGAUUGAAGAGCUCAUUUUAUUCCUAACUUGUUUCCAGAACUACUAGAGUUGGAUUAAAUGGAAUAUACACUA